AUGGAGUAUCCAUUGGAAAUUAGGGAUGUGGAACCAGAAACGAAUGAAGCGAUGAUGAAACUUUUUACAGGUGAACGAGGCGGUUUCGUUCGUGUAGGACCUAAGGGGUAUGUUCUCACCCAAGGUUUCAGAGAUAUGGCAGCAGAGAUCUACAACUUGGAAGUCCGACCAAGCGAUGUGAGCACUAUGAUAUUUCACCCAAAGCUUGUAGCUGAACUUGAGGAAAGACUCAAAGACGACGAGGUAAAACUGAAGCAAUUGGGUGCAUUUUCUCAAUCCAUUGUACGGAAAGUGGCGGCUGCACCUUCCCCAAGGUUCAUUAAGACUCAUCUGCCACUGUCACUGCUGUCACCGAAAGUAUUGGAUGCGAAAGUGGUGUACGUAGCAAGAGACCCACGUGAUGCAGCCGUUUCCUUCUAUUAUUUAUGCCGGUCCGUAAGAACUAUGGGCUUCGAUGGAGACUUCAAAACAUUUUGGCAUUACUUUAUUAAUGACUUACAUUAUUGGACGCCAUUCUUCGAGCAUCUAAAAGAAGCAUGGGAGAAGCGGCAUGAUCCAAACUUGUUGUUUUUGUUCUAUGAAGACUUAAAGAAGGAUCUCAGUCACGAAGUGCGAAAAGUGUGCAAGUUUUUGGGUAAAGAAUACACAGUCGACCAAAUAGCAGUGCUCUGUGACCAUCUCGAUAUUAAGAACUUCAAGUACAAUGCAUCUGUGAACAAUGACAUUAUGAAGGAACUCGGUAUGAUGUAUCCCAAAGAAGAGUUUGUAAGAAAAGGCAAGUCAGGCGGUUGGCGCGAUUACUUUGAUGAGGAGAUGAUAGCACAAGCAGACAAGUGGAUGGAAGAUAAUCUCCGAGAUACUGAUCUACGUUUCCCGCAUUUGCAGUAG